GCUCCGGACCUGGUGAUGGACGCUCCGACCUGUUCCUCAUAGGCCCGACAGCUGCAGCGUCGGCGGAAACAGCCGCGGCUUUUAUCCGAGGGUUGAUGUUCAAGGCUUCUCUUUGAUAUUUAAUCAUCAGCAGAAUGAUCGAGGAAGGCAGCAAACGAGGCAAGGCCAUGGUGGAGAAGAGGCAACUCUUCAUGGAAAUGAUGAAAGCCACGGGAAGCUGACCGUUUUCUCCAUGAAGGCCAUGCUGGCAACAAUGUGUGGAGGAAAGAUUGUGGACAAACUGCGCUACAUUUUUUCCCAGAUCUCGGAUUCAGGGGGAGUCAUGGUGUUUGCUAAGUUUGAUCAGUUUCUUCGGGAGGUGUUGAAACUGCCCACAGCAGUAUUCGAGGGCCCUUCAUUCGGAUACACAGAGCAUUCGGUGCGGAUGUGCUUCCCUCAGCAGAAGAAGAUCAUGCUGAACACGUUUUUGGAUGUGCUGAUGGCAGAUCCUCCCCCUCAGUGUCUCGUGUGGCUACCACUCAUGCACCGACUAGCUAAUGUUGAAAACGUCUUCCAUCCGGUGGAAUGUUCUUAUUGCCGGAGUGAGAGCAUGAUGGGUUUCCGGUACCGGUGCCAGCAGUGCCAUGGCUACCAGCUUUGUCAGAGCUGCUUCUGGCGUGGCCAUGCCAACGGUCCCCAUAGCAAUCAGCACCAGAUGAAGGAGCACUCGUCUUGGAAGUCUCCAGCCAAGAAGCUGAGCCACGCGAUCAGUAAAUCUUUGGGCUGCGUCCCCAUUGGAGAGCCCCCACACCCUGUGUUCCCUGAGCAGGCUGAGAGACCUCAGGAGCUCACCCAUACUGUUCAGCCGAAACCAGUGACCAACAACAUGAACGACACUAUGCUCAUGUCCUCUGGGACAACAACUCCUACCAAAAGUGUCUUGGAGAGUCCCAGCCGGCUCGAUGAAGAACACCGGCUCAUUGCACGAUACGCCGCCCGUCUGGCUGCUGAGGCUGGCAAUUCCACACAGCAGGGUCCUCCAUCAGAUCUGAGCUUCAACUUCGAUGCUAAUAAACAACAGAGACAGCUGAUUGCAGAGCUGGAGAACAAAAACAGGGAGAUCCUGCAGGAGAUUCAGAGGCUGCGUUUGGAGCAUGAACAGGCCUCUCAGCCAACACCAGAAAAAGCCCAACAGAACCCCACGCUCCUGACUGAACUGCGGCUCCUCAGACACAGGAAAGAUGAGCUGGAGAGGCGCAUGUCAGCUCUGCAGGAGAGCAGGCGAGAGCUGAUGGUGCAGCUGGAAGGACUCAUGAGGCUGCUGAAGGAUGAGGAGCAGAAACAGGCUUCCCAGUCUGGAGGCUCCCCACAUUCUUCUCCUAGUCACGGUGCAGGCUGCUCCAUGCCCAUGCCCAUACGUUCCACCUCAGCUGGCUCCACCCCGACUCACACACCACAGGACUGCCUGGCAGGGGUGGGAGGGGACGUGCUGGAGGCUUUUGCUCAAGGUGUACCCAGAAAUCUGCGAAAUGAUCUUCUAGUUGCUGCUGACUCAAUCACAAACACGAUGUCAUCACUGGUGAAAGAGCUUCACUCAGUGGAUGAUGGAGGAGACGAAGAUGAGACCAACAUGAGGAACGGAGGAGACAGAGGUGGGUUCAGGCCCGAUGAGAGUACAAAAGCACUGAGUGGACGAGCUUACCAAGACCGCCCUACUUGCCCACAAGGAGGAACAGUCAUCAGCUGGGAGGAAUCAGCACCAACAGGAGCUCCCUGGCAUUAGCCCAUAGAGUAAUGCAUGCAUCUAAUCAAAAAGAGUUUCACUCCGUGAAAAAAGGAAACAAAAACGUUUCGUCACACCUUGCAAGUAGCAAGAUGUGUCUAAUUAGCAAGUGUGUAUGUUGUUCUGUAAACAUGCAAACCUACAAAUCCCUCUGUAAAUAACCAACAGUUUCCCUCAUGACUGCAAGGAAAUGGCUUGUGCUUUUUCUCUCAACCAUUCCAUUCCAGCAGGUCUUUCUGUACAUAAAUACUGUAAGAAGAAGGCGUCCUGAUGCCCCACUGUUGCUGUUGACUGCUUUCUUAGUGCUUAGAGUUUCUUUGUCUAAAAUGAUUUUCCUGAUCAUACUUGCAUGAAGUUGCACUCAUGUCUGGAUUUAGAUACUGUCCAAUGCUAUGCCAGAUCUUUGUGGGUUCGUGGAGACCGCUUUGAAUGUCAGGAGUGUCCUCAGUGUUCAUGAGAAAUGUGUUCAUGUGCACAUGGAUAUUCUGGAGCUGAGGUUUGCCAUCACCACACUCAAUUUAGGUUGUUAACACCCGCAGCCAAAGUGAGAUUUUUAGAUUUUUACCCAUCUGUGUGUGUGCUGAAUGCACGUAAGAUGUGUCUUGUCUGCAGUUGGCACACAAUCUCAUGGACCAGUUGGUGUCUGUCAGUAAAACUUUCAGAAAGUUAACGUUGGAUGUUAAACCUUUGGAGUUAUUCAAAUUCAAUAUGGCCUCUAGAUCAAAUUUAACUUAGAAAACAUCAAUACGAGAUAUAACUGAUAUAAUUGCAGAUAUUGUAAGCCCAUAAUUUGUCAAUAGAAGACAGCUUUGAUUUAAAACUCAGGCAUAAAAGGCAUUUCAUUUAAUUCCCUUUUAUGAUUUAUGGAACAAUGUUUUUGCUAUCUGACACUGCCGUUGUGGCUACGUAAGGUAAAAAAGAGACUUGAUCUUGAUCAUCCCUGCCAGAUAAUCAGCUGAGACUCCUUUAAGUAACUACACCCUGCAAAAGUUACUACAUCAAGUCAACAAACUGUCUUCUAAAUCAUCAAAAACAGAUUUUAUUUUAUAUUAGAAUAAGAUACAGAAAGACCAAUCUGUGAGCUACUUGAGAGGCUGUUCACAAGACUGGUUUUGAAUGUUGCUGAAUAUUGAAAAACAACGAUGGGCACAGCUAACCAAAAAGCUGAUGUGUUCACAAAAGAUCUGAAUUUUUUGAACGGCUGCUUAACAAAUGAUAGGAACCGAGUUGUGGGCAGUGAGGAGCCGUUUGUACACUCAAAAAACAUUUGUGUUGGAUUUACUUAAAUUAUGUCAACAGAUUCUACUCAUUCUACUUGGUCUGGUAACAAUUUCUAAAGUGGGCUAAAAGACUAAUCCACAAAAUGAGAAGCUAGUUCUGCUAUUAGCAGAACUGUGCUCACACUUUAAAAAAAUUAUGUAAGGUUUUCAGACAC